AAAUUUAUUGAUCUAAGUAUUUUCAAUUUCUUAUAGGAAAUGGGAUCUGACCAAAGUCACCAGCCACCUGCAGGUGCACCAGGAAGUGAGAUCAAGUCCCAGAGAGAUGAAGAUAUCCCAUACACCUCAUACUCAAUUAGCAAACCAAUAUCUGGAGAUAAUCCAAAAACAUCACCGAUGAUACAGGGGAACCGGAAAAGGGCAGCAACAGCACCAGUUCAACCGGUAUCAAGGGAAAGAUCUAGUACCGGUAACACACCUACUCCAAGCAAGCACACAAUUGUUGUUGUAGCAGAUGGUCAAGUAGAUUUGAAAGAUCCAGAUCCUGAGCUGACCAGAUUAAGUACUAUACCAGCUUUCUAUCCUAUCAUGAGAGGAUCUCUGAACCUACCAACAAGUUCCAGGGAUUUAGAUCUACUGGAGAAAUUAGACCCGAAAAAUCUGUUAUUGCUGUGCUUGAGAUACCAGGAGCACUUGAAACAACUGUCCGAGAGUGUUGCUUUUGACCAGAAUGCCCUAUGUAUACGUAUAAAAGAGAUUGACUGUAUGAUUCAGAAGUUAAUGAAUACCAUGACAGAAAAACAGAAAAAAUAUGCGAAAUACGCGGAGCAGUUUCAGCGUACAUCAGAGACAGUGCUAGUGUUAAAUCGUAUACAAGAUACGAUGAACGAUAUUAUACCUAAAAUGGAGGCGUUAAAUAAAAUGUUGCCUCCCGGAGAACAGUUAGAACCGUUUCAAAUGAAGGAUAGGGAUCGCAGAUGAGAAAAUGAAAUGAUGAUGGCCAUGGUUGUAUCAUAUUAUUGAAACAGAACUGACAAGAUUUUUUU